CAUUUCCUUCCCGCUCUUCGCCUCUGCUUCCCGCGAACCCCCAAAUUGAUUUUCCCUCCCUCCCUCCUCCGAUCCUGAUCCCUGAGCGGAAUUCGCCAUCUAGGCGUCCGAUCUGAUCGGGAAACCGGAGACGCCGAGCUUGCUCGCUGUCUUGCUAGGCUUUCCUCGCCCAAUCCCGCGCGGGAGCAAGAAGCGCAAGAGCAUGGCGCCGCUCUCGUGGCGGCACUACACCCUGCUGCAGGCGCUGCUCUCCCGCGGGCCUCUCUCCGAAACCGACUUCCACGCCGUCUUCGCCGCCAUCUCCGGCAAGAACCCCGGUGUGUCUUCUUCUUUCUUGCUCCGGCCCCGGUCCAUCCUCUCUAUACUCGUAUGCCGUAGCCCAAGUGCUCGACGAAAUGCUGCUCCGGGAAUAACCUGUUGUGCUGCUAGUACUUCUUCCGAUUGUGCUAUAUUUAUCUCUAUUUUUUUUCUCUCUAAUUGAUGAGUUCUGCUGCUGCUCCUAAUAAAAGGAUGGUCGGUCACACCCUAAAUUUACUGCACAGAGAUGCACUUUACAAAUCUGAUCCUGCUCACUCUGCUUACAAGUCUAUUUACAAUUCUUUUUAAAGAAGUCGACCAUUUCGAGUAUUCUUGUGCUCGUGCAUGUAGCAUGAUUUAUGGCCAUUGCCUUUUUUUUUCCUUAUCCCUUGUUGCCCCUUGGUCAUCAUUUCUUGUUCGAGACUUAGUUUGUCUCUUGACCUGCUCGGGUUCACUGUAGUCUAUAUAAGCUCUCUAAGGUGAAUACCAUGUCUUGGACGAGGAUCGGGAUCGGCUGCAACUCUAGCAGUCACUCAACGAGAGCUGUUGCAAUCCAAUCAUGAUCUCGAUCCCAACCCCUGCGACUGCUAAAGUUCCAGUCACUACUACAACUGCAGCCGAUCCUGAUCCCUGCAACGAACAUUUUAGUUUUAUCAUGUGAGCCAAAAAUAGCUGCAAUUUCUAUGUUUCCAGAGGUGGAAGCUUGACUAUUUGAUGGAUGAUAGACUGAACCUAUCGCACAAUCACUUCAAACUUAAACAUGCCUUGUCCGAUUGUGUCAAUGACCUUCACCCCACAUUACGGUGGAUUUAUUCGUUUACAGUUCAGCUGAGACCUGCUAUGCUGGCUGAAUUUGUAUCUAGGGCAAGUUUAUUGAAGAGUAUUUUAGUGAAUAUUUAUCCUAUGGGGCUUAAGCUUUCCCUAAUUCAUUUUGCCAAACUUCUUGCCUCCUAUCACUUAUAUUCCAUAUCAUGGCUUGCAGCCACUCAUCAACAACUUUUCAACGAUACACUUCUCAAGAUCAACAAGGAGCUCGCAUACUUGCAGUUUGAGCUGCGAGCAUGCAUAAACCAGUAUGAUGGAACAGUGUAUUAUGGAGUGGUCAAUAACAUUGUUGACGAAGAAUCAAAGCUUGGAACAAAGUAUUCUGUGCCACAGAUUGCAUUCUACAAGGGACUGUUAGAAGCAGUAGUUCAGGAAGCUGGAAAUGAUGGGAGCAUUACCAGUAUUGACGCUCUCAAUGUCCGGCUUGAGAACCAGGUCGUAAUUGUAGACGGUUCACAGGACAGUCAAUCUCAUCUGCCUACUUCCAUAAAAAACUUCACGUUGAGCCAGAAAGAGAAAACUCUUAAUGAACUGAUACGAGAUCAUUGGCUGUCAUACACCUCCACAGGUAAGAUUGGUCUUGGCAUCAGAUCAUUUCUUGAUCUCCGAAGCUGGUUCCGUGGUAAUGAUAUUCCAUCAUGUGUGGUCUGCAACGAAGCUUGUAUAAAGGCAUCAAGUUGUCCUAAUGAGGGAUGCAAUGUAAGAAUUCAUGGGUACUGUUUGAAGAAGAAAUUUUCACAACGAAAGGCUUCAAGAGCCUGUCCCAGUUGUGGUACUGAAUGGCCCCGGUUGGAGGGCGAAGUCGAUGGUGAUGAUGAUGUGAAUGAUGAGCCUGGGGAAGAUCAAGCUCCAUCAGCCAACCGUUCUUCGAGGAAGAGACGCAAGGGAGUGAAAGCUGAACUGGUGGAAGAAAAUGAAAACAUAGGUCCAUCAACGGCGAUGCCUAGGAGGAUUUUGAGAAGCACUAAAGCUGAAGCAUUGGAGGUUGCUCAAGAAGAGUCAUCUGCAGGAGCCUCGCAGCCAACCAGGACUUCAAAAAGAAGAAAGAAGUGAUGCUACCGGUUGGAUGGCUAGUAAGAUUGCUAGGUUCUCUUUUGUCAUGUACAUGCGGUACCUGGUACCUGGUAGUAGUGGACGGUCCUUUUGAAGUGGCAACACUGCAACUUCUAGUUCUGGCGCGGAAUGUGGAGCUUUAAGAUGUGCUUUUCUCAAACCCUAGAGCUUAUUUAUCUUCUGACAGUAUAAAUCUAGAUUGGUAAAGCAAAUCCCAGUUUACCUGUU